AUGGCCGAAGCCACCCAGGAGCAGCCGACCAUUGGCGAACAGACACCUGCCAAGACUGAAUUAGUGGCACAUAGUGAAGACAUAUCUCUGCGUCAACCCAAGCCGAGUCAGCAAAUUGCUGGGUAUUUUGAAACAGCUCAAUGGACUGCGGAUGGGACGACAAUUCUCACCACGACUUCCUCGGACAUAGUAUCGGCGUUCGUGCUUCCCUCGGAUCUUCUAGAAGCCCGCUCAGAGCCACUAUCUCUGUCCCCUCAGGCCUCAGUCCCCUUGGGAGAUCGCACGAAUGUACUGGCGUCGGCGCCAUAUUUUAAUCUUUCUCAGGCUUACACAAAUCAAAUACUCGUUUCAAGCCGGGAUCACCCGAUACAGCUAUUCUAUCUAUUCCCGCCGUCUCACGAUGGUUCACCAGCGACACAUACCGCAGCCUCAGCGUAUCCCUUGACCAAGGCCCACUCGGAAACCUUCGAGACUGCCAACUCUCUGCUCUGGCCAUCUCCUGGAUCGCAUUUCAUCGCAGGAUGCAAGAACUUCAUUGCUAAGUUUGAUGUUAGCCGGACGGGCGAGGAGCCUCUACUGCGCAUCAAGACCAUUCCCUCCGAAAGACAUCUUUCAAAAGGCGGCGGAGUUGGCAUGCGCGGUACCAUAUCCACGUUAUCAGCUCAGCCAUCCGAAGAUGGAUACAGCGGCCUGACCGCUGCUGGAACAUGGACGCGAUGGAUUGGGCUCUACGACUUCGCUCAAGCAGGAGAGUGUACCGCUACGUGGAAUAUUGAAUCCGCUGUUCAAGAAACUCGAGUUGGAGGCAACGGCGGUAUAUCUGGCGAGGGAAUCACGCAGACGAUCUGGAGUCCUUGUGGAAGAUAUCUGCUAGUCUCCGAGCGAAAGUCGAGCGGAAUUCUCGUAUACGAUGUUCGAGUGACCGGCCAGCUGCUUGGGUGGCUUGAAGACCGUGUUGCAUCGAGUAACCAGAAGAUCAGCUGUGAUGUUUUUCCUUCUCAAGAUGGUGGUUUUGAGGUCUGGUCAGGCACUACCUCUGGCACUGUCAAGGUCUGGGAAGGUGUCGGUCUGACAGCGGGUGCUCAGAAGCCUUCCUGGGAUUGGCAAGCUCAUGAGUCCACCGUUGGCAGUACAUGUUUGCAUCCUACGGGCACCGUCAUAGCAACCUGUUCUGGGUCCUGGGACUUUCAUGGUGAUAAAAACAUUGGAAACAGCCAGGACCUAGGAGAGACAGGUGCUGAACAUCCAGAUGUUCCAAUGGACUGGCUUCGCAGGCGGACGAAUGAAAGUACACUCAAGAUAUGGACUCUAGGAGCUACAGCUGGCGGGAUUUGA